AUGGCCGGCUUCACUCUGAUGUUCACUCCCACUGCCGCUGUCUACGGACGCUCUGGCUACAACAAGGACGGCGACGAGGAGGAGAACAACAAGGGCCGCUCCGGCUACAACAAGGACGGCAACGACGACGACGACGACAAGAACAAGGGUCGUUCCGGCUACAACAAGGAUGGCGAUGACGAGGAGGACAAAUAA